AGGCCCAAAGCCAAUGUUCCUUCCCCCAUCAAGGUCACCCACCGCAAGACUGGCGCAGGGGAAACCACCGACGCCAGCGUCUCCCCCCCGCCCAGCAGCACCCACUCCGGACGCUCCCAAGAAGCCUGGUGUCCGCCAGGGCCAACCAACACCUGCAAAGUCGGCACCUGCAAAAUCAGCAACAGCGAAACCCGCGAGGCCGCCAAAAUCGACCAAAGAACCAAAGCCCAAGGCCCAACCCCGAACCAAGACAGUCAAGCCAACCCCCGGCCCAGCAGCAGCGCGCACAACCCGUUACAAUACGCGCGCCGCCUCAGCCAAGCGGAAACGCGGCGCUGAUGAGCCUCCUGCCGUCGCCGUUGCCGCUACUGACCAGGCGCGUGGGCCCAAAGCCACAAAGACACCGUGGAGUAGGGCCAAGGCUGCGACAACCGUGUCGUAUGCCGAGCCGCUUGUUCGCGGGGCGCCGCCGAGGCAGGAGGUAGUGAAGAAGUUGGCGCCUGCGAUCAAAAAGAAGACGUGGGGUGGUUCUGGUGGCGGUGGUGGGGAUGGCGUUGGGGUGAGAUUGUCUGGGGCCGGGACACGGCGGGGCGCUUAAACCAGACUCAACUCGGCACAGCAUGUGGUGUGAGGUGUAAGGUUCCGGGGGAGUGGCCCGGGUUUGGUGGAAGAGGCGGUGGGUGUUGCGUGGUGUUGCCUACGGUCGUGGCCGGUUUUGGGGAUCGAGACCGGGGGGAGACGGUGGUGACUGGGACAUGGCUCGGAAUCAUUGAUGUUGAAUAGGCGAAGGUUUGCUCUGAUAUUUCUGUCCGCUUUGGUAAUAGGUGUUGUUGGCUUUCUGUAGGUUGGUGCAUAGGGAUGCGCGGAACGUUGGGGAUUUUUGACUUGCAAUUCUCCACCAUCCAGAUCACGUGCUUUGUGUCAGAGCGCCACCUUCUGUUUUGUUUUGUUUUGCUUUUUCGCCAUCGAAGCCGUUGCAUUGCCGUCAUAGCAUGGCACGCGGGCCGAGGAAUUGGC